GCGCGCGGCGGCCCCGCGGAGUGGAAGAAGUUUACUGAGGUCCCGAAACUGUCUUCUGAUCAUGCAAACCAAUAGCCCCAGUGACAUACACCUGAAUGAAUGGCAGAAGAAUUACUUUGUUGUUACUUCCAGUACCUGUACACCAAGACAGAAGGCAGAUGCAUAUCGUGCACAGAUUUUACACAUUCAGUAUGCAUGGGCAAACUCAGAGAUUUCCCAGGUUUAUGCUUCCAACCUGUUCAAAAAAUUUGCAGAAAGAUACUCUGCAGUUAUUGACUCUGACAAUGCAGAGACUGGCUUGAAUAACUAUUCUGAAAACAUUUUAACUUUGGCAAGAUGUCAGCAAAGUGAUGGUGACAAAUGGCAAUCUGCUUUGACAACAAGUAAUGUGAUGGAGUUGAAGUGUGUUCAAGAGAUGAUGCAGGCUGGCAAAAAGUUCCAGAGCUCUCUGGUGACACAAGCAGAUGUAAGCAUUGAUAAAGAGGUCACCGCCUUUGUUCCUUUGACUCUUUCCAAACAGACUUUCUGCAGUGGUGAAGGAGAAGCUUUUCUUGGGACUGGCUCAUCAAGUUGUAUAAAUCAGGGACUGGAUAAACUUGGGACACCUACAGCUUUGAAACAUCAUCAAAAUGUUAUACUUUCUUCAAACAAGGCAGGAGUUGUGCAUUCUUUUUCAUCUUUGCUUUUAAGUAAAGAGUCCGAUGUUACUUCUUGUAUAACUCCUUUAUUUGGAAACAGUGGAUUAGCAACUAAUAGUUCUCUGACAGCCACAAAUAAUUCUUACUUUGGGCAAGAUUCAUCAACUUCCUCUCAAUCAAGUUUCCCUCCAGGGUUGGGAAAAAGAAAAGCAUGUUUUGUAUUCAGUGAAGAAUGUGCUAAUACAUCUUCUGGUCUCAUUCCUAAUAAGUCAGUUAAUAAAGAAGGAAAGAACUUUGCAGGGAGUAAAAGCACAAACAGCGAGAACAAAGCAUUUGGUUUCAAAACUGCAAAAGAACAACUCUGGGUAGACCAGCAAAAGAAAGACCGAGCCCAAAUUCAGCGUGCAACAUUCCUAUCAUAUGGUGGUACAAAAAAGUCUUUGGGAGCUGGAAGGUCUCGAGGUCCAUUUGGAAAGUUUGUCCCUCCAGUGCCAAAACAAGAUGGAGACAUGGGAGUGCAGUGCAAAUCUUUUGGAACUACAUCUACAGAACUGGCUUGUCGAACAGAUGAGCGCUUAAAAAAUGUAGAACCAAAAAUGAUAGAACUCAUUAUGAAUGAAAUCAUGGACCACGGGCCUCCAGUAAACUGGGAUGACAUUGCUGGAGUUGAGUUUGCAAAAGCAACUAUCAAGGAGAUAGUAGUGUGGCCUAUGUUGAGACCAGACAUUUUUACUGGCUUACGGGGUCCUCCAAAAGGUAUUCUUCUGUUUGGUCCCCCUGGUACAGGAAAGACUCUCAUUGGUAAAUGUAUUGCAUGCCAGUCUGGGGCCACAUUUUUUAGCAUCAGUGCCUCAUCACUGACCUCCAAGUGGGUAGGCGAGGGAGAAAAAAUGGUUCGUGCAUUGUUUGCUGUGGCACGAUGCCAGCAGCCGGCAGUGAUUUUCAUUGAUGAAAUUGAUUCUCUCUUGUCCCAGCGUGGAGAUGGAGAACAUGAGUCUUCCAGAAGAAUAAAAACUGAGUUCUUAAUCCAACUAGAUGGAGCAACAACCUCUUCUGAAGACCGUAUAUUAGUUGUAGGAGCAACCAACCGACCACAGGAGAUUGAUGAGGCUGCCCGAAGGAGACUGGUAAAGAGAUUGUACAUCCCGCUUCCUGAAGCUUCUGCCAGAAAGCAAAUAGUGUCUUGUCUGAUGUCAAAGGAGCAUUGCUCCCUAACUGAAGAGGAAGUGGAUCUCAUUGUUAAAAAAUCAGAGGGGUUUUCUGGAGCUGACAUGACUCAGCUUUGUCGAGAAGCCUCACUAGGCCCCAUCCGCAGCCUUCAGGCUGUUGACAUUACAACUGUCACACCCGAGCAAGUGCGAUCCAUUGAGUUUCAAGACUUUGACAAUGCUUUAAAAACUGUUCGCCCCAGUGUGUCCUCCAAAGAUCUGGAAUUGUAUGAUACCUGGAAUCAAACCUUUGGGUGUGGAAGAUAAGGGGAAUUAAUUUGUGUAUUUAAGUUACGUGGUUGUUUCAAUUUUGAGCCAUUUCCAUUUUUAAAAUAAUCCUGGUGUUCUAAUAAAUACAAAGAAGUAGUUGAUUUGUGCAUAUU